CCAUAUUUGGGUGCGCAUCGGCGGCGCGUGAGCUCAGGAAAGCAUUUCGGGGGACUAAAAUGAGCUUUUGUCCGUCGUUUAUCACAGGGAGAAAAAACACCUAAACGCUGUUGUCGCAGAAGUUGACCGCGCCACGGUUGCGGGAGAAGACGGCGUCCAGCUGCGGGAGGCAGAGCGUUGAUUCACAGCAACUCUGACACACGCAGCGGAGGGGGAAAAAAAACCUUGACACUCGAAAACUGAGGAGAUACAGUGAUCCAACGGUUUUGUCACAUCGCUGCAUCUCUUCUCCCCCGCGGGUCGAUUUGCAUAUUGUGGAUUUGAAGCGUGUGGCCCCAAUAUAAAGGCCGGCCGGCGGAUCUGAGACGCCGAGGUGGAAGAGGAAUUGCACGUCCUGCGCUAUUAGUCAGACUCUGACAGAAAUAGAACGCACCUUCUUCUGAGGAAGUCUGCAAUUAUGUUAAGAGACUGACGGGUGCGACACCAUGACGACGCUGCUGGACCUGAAGAGCAGCGUGCUGAGGCAGGUGCAGAGGAGCCAGUCGCUGAGGAGCCGGCGGGAGCCGCCGCCCACCGCCGGCAGCCCCCUCACCCACUGCCCCGAGCCCCUGCCCCGCAGGGUUUCUGAGGAGAGCGCCGAGUUCUUUGAGCGCACGAGCGCCAUCCUUCAGAAACAGGAGAACAUGCUGCGGGCGGCCCAAGCCGAGUGUCAAAGAGGGGCCUGCACAGUACCACCGCCCCAAGAGCAUGUGGACCAGUCCUUUAUCCCCGACAGAAUCAGCAGGACGGAGCUGGACCUGCUUUAUGAGGAGGCUGUGUACACGGUGGUCAACAGGGUCGGAGUGCCUCCGCCGGAGCAUGUGAAAAGUGAUGAAGAGCUAUUUGCUUAUCUAAUCAAGGUGUUUGACAUGGGCGAGGAAGAACAUGACAUCAUCCUCCAGAAGGUUCAGGAAGCCAAGCGAGCCAGCUUUUCUCUGAGAGUCUCCGUCAUGAAAGCCAAGAACCUGAUGGCCAAGGAUGCGAACGGGUACAGCGACCCCUACUGCAUGCUGGGAAUCCUGCUGGGCCAGAGCCCGCGGGAGGCCGAGGAGAAGAAGGAGCGCAAGUUCAGCUUCAGGAAGCGCCGGGAGAAGCUGGAGAAGCGGUCCAGCACCAAGGAGGUGCUGCCCGCCCGCUGCAUCCAGGUGACCGAGGUCAAGCCGGAGACGCUGAACCCGGUGUGGAACGAGCACUUCCUGUUCGAAAUCGACGACGUCCAGAACGACCUCCUGCAUCUCGACAUAUGGGAUCACGACGAUGACGUGUCCGUCGCCGAGGCCUGCAAAAAGCUGAACGAAGUCAGCGGGCUCCGUGGAAUGGGCAGGUAUUUUAAGCAGAUCGCGAAGUCGGUGCGCGCCAACGGAUCGGCCUCGUCGGGCUCCGAGGAGAACGCCGACGACUUCCUCGGGUGCAUCAACAUCCCGCUAAACGAGAUCCCAGUUGUCGGCCACGACACCUGGUUCAAGCUGGAGCCUCGCUCGAGCGCCUCUAAAGUUCAGGGAGAAUGUCACCUGAUAAUGAAGGUCUUCACCAGCCAGAGAGACACGACUUUGUCCAGGAAGGACUCAAACGUCUCCAUUCAUAAAAAACUGCUGAGUCAGAUUGUGGAGUAUGAGCACGCUCACGUCAAGAGGGAGCCUUACAACUGGAACGGGCAGGUGUGCCCCGCGGCGUGGACCGUGCUGACCCACCACGCUGUGCAGACGGACCUCUCGCCCCUGCAACAGGCCAUUAUCCGCUGGCAGUGCUACAGCAGCCACCACCGGGCCCAGAGGGUGUGCUACUCCCUGCUGCUGCGCCUCCUGAGGACCAUCGAUGCCGAGUGGGACCCCCCUGCUGUGAGGGGCGACCUGGAGAGGCAGCUGUCAGACAGCUUCAGGCUCUACACGGAGCACUGCCUGAGCCUGAUGAAGAACAUGCGGCAGGUCUUCCCGUGCACCAGCGCCGCGGCCAUCACGCGCUACGAGCUCAUGCUGAGGGGGGUCGGCUACAUGCAAAACAUGCGGGCAUUUAAGACAGUGUGUCCUCUUCGAAAUGAACUGCAUUUGGACAUCACUACAGCUGUCAAGAAAGGAACGGCGGAGUGGUACGAGAGCCUCAUAGCGAGAUAUAAACCAGAGGAGGGGACGCUGGAGGAGCAGCUGAAGAAGCUGGUGGUGGUGGUCGACGCCGUGUGUGCGGACGUGCAGCGCGGCCAGAACAUCUACAACAAACUCUUCUACAGCGCUGUGAAAGUGGACUUCUUCAGCAUCGCGUACAGGCAGCUGGAGAAGCAGGUCGCUGACGACGUGAACGUGGCGAUGGAGCGCGUGUGCGGUACCCUGGAGCAGGAGAGCUCCAGGCUGACGCAGACGAUGGGGGAGACCAUCUUUGAGCUCUUCGUGUCCCUGAAAAUCCUCAAAAGCUUCCGAGAGUUCCUGCCCCUCAAGGACGCGAAGAUGCUGGCCUUGACCGUCUAUCACAACUGGUUCAAGUCCUCCAUCCACAAGUGGCUGCAGAUCAUUCACGACAGAUCCUGCGACCGGAUCCGAAAAGCGGUGGACACGGACAAACUGGAGCCGGUGCAGCAGGCCAAACACAGCUCGUCCGCCGUGGAGGUGACGGCGUGCUUCGGCCAGGUCCGAGAAAUCUGGACCCAGCUGGCCUGGCCGGACUCGGCCGGCGCCUUCAUCUUCAUCACGCGCCUGACGGACAAUUUCUGCAGCGAGGCCGUGUGGUACUCGGAGAUGAUCACGCACAAGAUCGAGCGGAGCCAGCUGGGCCGAGACCACAGGAGCUUCACGGUGCAGCUCUGCGUAGCCCUGAACAACACGGACCACGUCCGCGUCUCCCUCGGCCGCCUGCCGCGCGACCUGGACUGGCCGGCGGUGGAGCGGGCCAUGGAGGAGUCGUGCGGCGCCGAGGGCAAGGAGCAGGUGUACAAGGCCCUCAACGGGCAGCUGUUCAACAUGGACCUGGACCUGCAGAGGGAGGCCAAGCGGCUCAUCGCGCUGCUCACCGACAAGAUGCUGCCUGAGCUGCGCAGGUACAUCCAGCACAUCAGCCUGUCUCCAGACUCCAUCAACAAUGAUGACGCUGUGUCCCCUCUCAUGAAGUACCUGAAGGACACCAUGGUCCUCAUCACCGAUAACCUGGUGAAGGAGAACUUCUCUAGGGUUCUCCAGAGCAUGUGGGAGCUGCUGCUGCGAAUGAUCCUGGACGCAGUCAGAGAAAACAGAGGCGUUCCGGUGGAGUUUUACAACCGCUUCCAGUACACGGUGGAGACCCUGCUGCAGUUCUUUCACGCGAAGGGAGAGGGCCUCUCCCUGGAGGACAUGAAGAGCGGCGACUACAAGGUCCUGGACGAGGAGCUCCGGCUGAACAAAUGCUCCUCGUUCGAGCUGAUCGAACAGUACUAUCUGGAGAAGAUUUCCCACCAGAAAACGCUCAAACACACGCGCUACGGUCGGGUCAGUGUGAAGUGCUACUACGACGCUCCCGAGCAGAGGCUGACGGUGGAGAUCCUUCACGCCGCCGACAUCAUCGCGCUGGAUGCAAACGGCCUGAGCGACCCCUUCGUCAUCGUGGAGCUCUGUCCUCACCACCUGUUCCCCACGGCCAAGAGCCAGCGCACGCAGGUGAAGCUCAAGACGCUGCACCCGGUCUUCGACGAGCUCUUCUACUUCCACGUUAGCCCUGAGCAGUACCGGCACAGGUUCGCCUGCCUGACCUUCACUGUGAUGGACUACGACUGGCUCUCCACCAACGACUUUGCCGGCGAAGCCGUGGCGCCGCUCAGCGACUUCUGCUGGCCCGGCAGGCCCAACGCCUCCGCCGCCGGCAAGAGCGUCCAGCCGGCCAUCCUGCACCUGUCGCGCAGUAAGCCGAGCGAGAAGCCAAUCAUGAGGAUGCUGGACGCUCGCACUGGAGACAGAGAGGCUCAGGAGUUUGUCCGCAGGCUGAAGGAGAUUGAAAAGUCAAUGGAGGAGGAGUGAAAGCUGUCGGCGCCGGCUGUGUUGGUGUUUUCUGCUUUUGUACUGGUACGAUGUUUACAAUAUUUGAAUCUUUUUUUUUUUCCUUAACAUUAUUGUUUGUUCAGUGAUCAAACCAAAAUGAAAAGAGGAAAAAAAAGGAGGCGGAACAGCGGAGCCCAUCCCUGUUUGCUAACUGGGACCUGAACAUCCCAUCACUGUGCAACUUUACGCCGUCUCAGUUAAACUCUAUUUUAGAAAUGAAUGGAUAGUUGAUCCUAAAUGUCACUAGUCUAUAUUUUUUGUAAUGAGUAACGUUCUCUUUGUUGUAUGAUCUUUGAUAUGAUAGAUUUCAGAACUAUUUUGUGGAAGUAGCUUACAUAUCCAAUAGUAUUGAGUCAGUCUAAUCUAUACCUCAGAUAUGAUCAUUGGUCGCAGGGGAUUUUGAAAGGCAUUGAGAUUUUAGACAUUCCUCACAGACAUCGUGGAGGUGGAAGUGCUUAAAAUGCCAACGCGUGAACUUACGCUGAUAUUUCGGAAUCCUGCAGUCACAUAGCAACAAACAGGCAGGAAUAAAAGCGCGAGGGUUCGUGGUGACGACCAAGCACGUGAACCUUUAGCUUUGGGUAGCUGCACUUUCCGAGGCUGGGUGUUUUAAGGCCGGUCAGACAGAUCCGCAGCGGGGAGGCCCCCGGGGCCCACGCCGCGGUCCGGGUUCACUGGACUUUUCAGUGCGGCCGCUCUAAAUGUCGAGGGGUCACCGAAGGCGCGGCGGAUCCCUCUCUGUUCGCUGCAGCUCGGGUCGACGUGUGGUCAAACCUGAACACGCUGGGAAAUCAGUCGGUUUCAUCUAUGUUAAACUCCCAUUAAAGCAGCUGUGAUGGUGUUUUGUUUUUUUUCAGCGGAUUGUAGCUUACGCGUACAGUAAGUACCCGUGUAAUCGUAUAACUGUAGCUGAAUAGGGUUUAAUUUUUGUUUCAUUUCUUCUACAUGACAAAGGGAUUUAUGAAUAGAAUCGACAAACUCCCUUUUGUUCUUGUCUCACUGGAGCUAAGAGGACUGCUGAUAGCGGUGAGUCAUCUAUAUUUUAACGGUUAUGGGGAUAUACCAGGAGACCAUAAUGCCUCAUAAUUGAAAGGGAGAAAAUACAAUCCUGACAUCCUCAGACACGCAGUAUGUGGCACAGUGGGCGACCGUCUGUCCAGAUGGUGGAGGUAUAAAAGCGCGUAGAGAAAACCCGCUAAUUGCGACUAAUGAGCUUGCAUGGUUUUCAAAGUUUGUGAAAACAGCCUUCGAACACAGCGAGGCUUUGUAAUUCCAGCGUUAAAGCAUCUCUCUCCCGAAUUUGAGAUGGUGUCUCGGUAUGAAGCCCAGUCUUCUGGGUUAGGAAAGAAAGGGAGAGACUAAUGAACCUGUGCGCUAGCAUAAUUAUACACUUAGGGGACAAAGCUGGGUCUGUCUGACUGCAGUAUUCACUGAUAAUAACUCAACACCAGCUCUCGCCCAUUCUCUAAAGCUCUUUGUCUGGGAUCGAAACAUUUGUGGGAAAAAUGUGAAAUGGUAUCAAACCACACUCUGGGAACCUAGAAUUGUAAUGCAAUGUUACCAUUAGCAGAUAGAUACAAAUUGUAGAACUAGAUUUUACUCAAAAACUACAGUAUUAUGGAUAUUAGAGAGAUGUUGUAGCAAAUCUCUAUUUUCUAAAGUGAGAAUAAAAGGCAACUCUUAAACACAAUGUCGAGGACUCGGAAGCUGAAAAGCAAAACAAUGGAGGCACAGAAAUUACUGAAAAGUCUAUAAUGUGUGUCCAUUAAUUAACUCUGAGUGAGUUCAUUGUAGGAUUUUCCUAAACCGUCUCUGUGGAGAGCUAUCGACCUCGUCAUAUGCACAUCAUCACGUUUACACAUUUACAGUAUUAUGCUUUUAUUGUGAAAACUGGUUUGUUGACCACCCAGCUGUUAAAUCAGAUGGGUGCGAUAUAUUUGCUGGUGAGUAAAAUAAAUGUGCAAAGAAAUACACGGUUGGGGGGGUUGGAAGUUCAUGGAUGUAACAAAUGCAAAAAUGACAUUUUACUCUGAAAAGACAUAUAGUGAGAGAUAACUGAUUAACACUGUAGCACGUACUAAGAACUUAGCACCAAAACCUUCGCACCGACAGCGUUUUGAUAGUGAUGUACCUUUACAGUAGCUGCUUGUGUAGUGCUUUGUCGUUACCUUGUGAAGUUGUUAAGGAUGAAGUACGCAAAAAAAAAAACAAAAAAAAACACGUGGAUGCCUGGAGGCCGCGCCGCGUUGCAGGGAUCCUUCAGGCGUUCGAGGAGCCCGCGUCACGGGACCGUUCAGUCCGUUCAGUCCAUCUGCACAGCACCUGCUUGUAAGUUUGGGUUUGAUGUCGUGGACCGGACUCGUAUGUUAGCACCGCUACUGAGAGGUCCCUGUUUCAUUUUGUUGUGAUGAAUGAAGACAGAAGGGGUGGGAUCUGAGCGGUAAAGGGAGAAACUGACCACACGCCCGGUGAAGAAACGUCGCACAAGUGCUCACAUUUAGUGCAGUUUUAGCCAGAAUCAAGAAUAUUGAUUCAUAAUAAAUUACAACCAUCUGCAAAGUUAAUUAUUAAGGUUCCAUUCAAGAUUUGUCAUUACAGAUUUGAUCCUUGUUAUGGAUUAUGACUUAUUAUAAACUGGCCUGUGUGACUAAGCUUCCCAGCAGCUCUUAGCUUUACAUUGUAAUGUGCAAUGUGCAGUAUCUACGUAUACUGAAUUCACCAAGAAGAAUCAGAUCCUUUAAUGCUUCAGCGACUUCUAAGGGCUGUGUUCAGUUUCAUUGUUAGCGACUUGAAUGUCAGUGCUGCCAUGGACUCGUUUUAUUUGAGGUACUAAUCGAGUGUUUUGUUCGUCGUCGGCCAUUCCAAAGUAAAAUGAAAACGCCCGUGAACGUAUCUUCAGGCAAAACGUCUUCAGUUUGUUAUUGUGAAUGUGAAUUAUUUGUCCUUGAAUUGUAAAUGCCUGUGUUGCUGUUUGUUGGAUUAUACCUUUGGGAGAUAUCUAUGACCUUGAAUUAAAAUUGCAUUUACAUUUGAA